CUCAAACAUUUUAUAACAACACUCAAAUUCUUUAAAGGCUAAGCAAAAUGGCUCUUAGAAACUCCCUAGCCAUCUUCCUUGCCUUGAACAUCCUCUUUUUCGCCCUAACCGAAGCCGGCCGCUCCGGUUAUCCACCAUCGCCAUACAAACCCAAGCCUACCCCAAGCGCUCCUGCCAUCGAGACAUGCCCAAAAGAUGCCCUGAAGCUCGGUGUUUGUGUUAACGCGCUUAACUUGUUGAAUGUGACAUUAGGUGCUCCUCCGGUUCAGCCUUGUUGCAGCCUCAUUGACGGUUUGGUCGAUCUUGAAGCUGCGGUUUGUCUUUGCACCGCGCUUAAAGCUAGCAUUCUCGGCAUCAACAUUAACCUUCCGAUCAACCUCAGUUUGCUACUCAACGUCUGCAGCAGAAAGGCUCCACGUGGCUUCCAAUGCCCUUAAUUCCUUAAACGUUACAUAUAAAAAUCGAUAAGCCCUAAACUUAUUGAUAUGCAUGAAAUGUGGUCG